AUGGUGUCUGGCACCGGGACGGCUGACUGUGAGGACGCGGAGCUGCAGUGCCGUGUGGCGGUGGAGGAGCUGAGCCCGGGCGGGCAGCCGCGGAAGCGCCAGGCCCUGCGCACGGCGGAGCUGAGCCUGGGUCGGAACGAGCGCCGGGAGCUGAUGCUGCGGAUGGCCGGAGGUUCUAAGACACCCUCAUUUCCCUCCCAGGAAACCCCAAAGUGGCCUCUGCCUGUGAAGAGGCUGAAUCUGCCCCGCUCCAAGCCACAGCUGUCUGAGGAACAGGCUGCUGUGCUGAGGGCUGUUUUGAAAGGCCAGAGUGUUUUCUUUACUGGGAGCGCAGGCACCGGGAAGUCCUAUCUGCUGAAGCGUAUCUUGGGCUCACUGCCCCCAACAGGCACUGUGGCCACUGCCAGCACUGGGGUGGCAGCCUGCCACAUCGGGGGCACCACCCUCCACGCCUUUGCAGGUAUUGGCUCAGGCCAGGCUCCUCUGGCUCAGUGCGUAGCCCUGGCCCAGCGGCCCGGCGUGCGGCAAGGUUGGCUGACCUGCCAGCGCUUGGUCAUUGAUGAGAUCUCCAUGGUGGAGGCUGACUUGUUUGACAAGCUGGAAGCCGUGGCCAGAGCCGUUCGGCAGCAGAACAAGCCCUUUGGUGGGAUCCAACUCAUCAUCUGUGGGGAUUUCCUGCAGCUGCCGCCAGUGACCAAAGGCUCUCAGAGCCCUCAGUUCUGUUUCCAAGCCAAGAGCUGGAAGAGAUGUGUGCCAGUGACCCUGGAGUUGACUGAGGUGUGGAGGCAGGCAGACCAGACUUUCAUCUCUUUGCUGCAGGCCAUAAGGCUGGGCAGGUGCUCCGAUGAGGUCACCCGCCAGCUCAGAGCCACAGCUGCCCACAACGUGGGGCGAGACGGAAUUGUGGCCACGAGACUCUGUACUCACCAAGAUGAUGUAGCGCUCACUAAUGAGAGGCGGCUGCGGGAGCUGCCAGGUGAAGUUCAUAGCUUUGAGGCUGUGGACAGUGAUCCUGAGCUAGCCCGGACCUUGGAUGCCCAGUGUCCUGUUAGCCGGCUCCUUCAGCUAAAGCAAGGGGCCCAGGUGAUGUUGGUGAAGAACUUGGCAGUGUCUCGAGGUCUGGUGAAUGGCGCCCGAGGGGUGGUAGUGGGGUUCGAGGCAGAGGGAAGAGGGCUGCCCCAGGUACGGUUCCUGUGUGGAAUCACUGAGGUCAUCCACGCAGAGCGCUGGACAGUGCAGACUACCGGGGGCCACUUCCUCAGCCGGCAGCAGCUGCCCCUCCAGCUGGCCUGGGCACUAUCCAUCCACAAAAGCCAGGGCAUGUCUCUGGACUGUGUGGAGAUCUCGCUGGGCCGUGUGUUUGCCAGUGGUCAAGCGUACGUGGCCCUUUCCCGGGCACGCAGCCUACAGGGGUUACGUGUGCUGGACUUUGACCCCAUGGUGGUUCGCUGUGAUCCCCGCGUGCUACAUUUUUAUACUACCCUACAGCAGCGCAGGGGUCUCAGUCUGGAGUCUCCAGAGGAUGAAGCAGCCUCAGACCAAGAGAACUUGGACCCAAACCUGUGACCUUCACAUAGAAGACAAAAAUGGAUUCCAAACACUCUGGAUCCCUCAAGGGUUCUCAGGGAGAUCCUGCCUUCUGACAGGGUUAAGGGACACCGCUUCUCAACUACUUGUUAACUGUGCCUCA